GAUGCCCCCGCGGGCAGGCUGGGUGCUAGAUCUGAUCUCACCCACUGUGCUAGGCCGCCCUCAAGCUGCCUGCUGACAUCCUCGCGACUUAUUCUGGGAGCUACAAGUGGGUGUUCCUGGCAGGAGUAGGACAGUGAAGGCCGGCCUGUGAUAGCCUGGGAUGGGGGACCGAUGAAGAGCUGGGAUUGCGUCCCGCAGGGCUGCUCGAGGCGGCGGCGGCAGAGAUGGGGCGACUCGGGGGCACGCUGCUGUGCCUGCUGCUGGCCUCGGCGGUGCCCACGGCCCCCGCGCCCGCUCCUACGGCGACCUCGGCUCCCGCCGAGCCCGGCCCGGCUCUCAGCUACCCGCAGGAGGAGGCCACCCUCAACGAGAUGUUCCGCGAGGUCGAGGAACUGAUGGAGGACACUCAGCACAAGCUGCGCAGCGCCGUGGAGGAGAUGGAGGCAGAAGAAGCUGCUACUAAAGCAUCGUCAGAAGUAAACCUGGCAAACUUGCCUCCGAACUAUCACAAUGAGACCUAUACAGAAACCAAGAUCGGAAAUAAUACUGUCCAUGUGCACCGAGAAAUUCACAAGGUCACCAACAACCAUACUGGACAAACGGUCUAUUCAGAGACGGUCAUCACUUCGAUGGGAAAUGAUGAAGGCAAAAGGAACCACGAGUGCAUCAUCGACGAGGACUGCGGCCCCGCCCGCUACUGCCAGUUUGCCAGCUUCGAGGCCACAUGCCAGCCAUGUCGGGAGCAGGAGGUGCCUUGUACCCGGGACACUGAGUGCUGCGGGGACCAGCUGUGCGUCUGGGGACACUGCUCCAGAGUGGCCUCCAAAGGGGGCAACGGGACCAUCUGUGACAACCAGAGGGACUGUCAGCCUGGGCUGUGCUGCGCCUUCCAGAAAGGUCUGCUCUUCCCGGUGUGCACACCAUUGCCCGUGGAGGGGGAACUGUGCCACGAUCCUUCCAGCCGGCUUCUGGACCUCAUCACCUGGGAGCUGGAGCCCGAAGGCGCCUUGGAUCGGUGCCCAUGUGCCAGUGGCCUUCUCUGCCAGCCACACAGCCACAGCCUGGUGUACGUGUGCCAGCCGACUUUUGUUGGCAGCCAGGACGAAGAUGGCGACAGCCUGGUGUCCCGAGAGGCCCUGGAGGAGUACAACAGGGACGACUUCUUGGAGGAGGUGCAGCAGGAGCUGGAGAGCCUGGAAAGGAGCUUGUCCUUGGAAACGCCACAGGGCGAGGAGCCGGGGGCUGCCUCUGUGCCGCCCGGCAGGGAGGCUUAGGGCUGGGGCAGUGGAAGGAGCUAAUUUAUUUCCCCAGCUGUGCCCUCUCGUGUGGGUUUUCCGCUACGGUCGCUCCCCAG